GUUUGCCAAUAUGCAUCAAUGUAAUUAUUUUAUUUAUUUAAUUUUUAUUUCUGAAAAAAAAAAAAAAAACUAUACCAACUUCCACGUUCUCCACUUCCCCAUCCUUUUCUUCUGCUUUCUUCUUUCACAUUAUCGUCAAAGUUAAACAAGUUAGAAGAACACCAAAAUCCCAACAAGUGUACUCCGUUAUUGACAUCUGUUCUUCCCUAAGCUUUUACCAUCAUCAAUCAUCAUUAAUCUAAUCUUAAUACUAAUACUAAUAAUAAUAAUAAUAAUAAUAAUAAUCUCACUGUAAUAACAUUAAUCAAUACUAAAAUAAUAAUCCCCCCAAUUAAACAUCAACCAAACACUGCCUUAAUACUACUACUCUUCCUCCCUCUCUUCCCCAUUCCUAUUUCUCCUUCUUCCCAGAACCCUUCUAGGGCUUUCCAUCUCCCAAAACCCCUCUCUUUCUCUCUCUCACACAGCCACACACACAAUAUUGGAGCUACUGAUUCUGAUACUUACGUGUUUAACUUGCUCUGAGUUUCUUCACAAUCAUGUCGCCGAUGCAAUCCAUUUUCUUCAAUCCGAAGUUGAGCCGUACUGUGUGAUGAGUAUUCAUAUCCCCAGUCCAUGGCUUCGCAUUUGUUCUUCAUUUCUAGGCUUUCUUUAGUUUUACUCUUAGGUUUAAGUUUAAUCUCAAAUCCUUCCAACUGUUUUGGUGCUAUAGUUGAGGGAGGUGGGGGAGAUGCUUCUGAUUUUGACUUCGGUGAUGACUCCGAUUUGAUGCUCUACCAUCAGGAUUACUCACCUCCGGCGCCGCCUCCGCCUCCGCCCCACCCGCCGUCGGUGAGCUGCGAAACGGACCUCGGAGGUGUUGGUUCCUUGGAUACUACUUGCAAGAUAGUUUCCAAUUUGAAUAUUAGUAAGAAUGUGUAUAUACAAGGGAAGGGAAAUUUUUAUAUCCUCCCCAAUGUUACAGUUAAUUGCUCGUUUUCCGGUUGUGAGCUGACUAUAAAUAUGACUGGCAACUUCUAUUUGGGUGAAAAUUCCACCAUCUUUGCUGGAGGAUUUAUAUUGACUGCGAAUAAUGUUACUUUUAGUAAUGGCUCUGUGGUGAAUACGACUGGGUUGGCCGGUGAUCCACCUGCUCAGACCACUGGGACACCACAGGGGGUUGAGGGUGCUGGUGGGGGUUAUGGGGGCAGAGGAGCCGGUUGUUUAAUGGAUGAGAAGAAGCUUCCUGAGGACGUGUGGGGUGGGGAUCCUUAUGGCUGGGCAUCCUUGGAGAUGCCCUGCAGCUAUGGGAGCAAAGGUGGGACUACUAGCAAGGAGGUUGAUUAUGGAGGGGGUGGAGGUGGAAAGAUAUUGUUCACAGCCGGCAAUGUUCUAGAAGUAAACGGCAGCUUGCUGGCUGAUGGUGGUGACGGUGGAAGCAAAGGUGGUGGUGGUUCUGGUGGCAGCAUUUAUAUUAAGGGUCCCAAAAUGAUUGGAAGUGGUUACAUAAGUGCCUGUGGAGGUGCUGGAUUUGCCGGUGGAGGUGGCGGAAGAAUUUCUCUUGAAGUUUUUAGCCGCCAUGAGGAUCCCCAAAUUUAUGCCCAUGGUGGAAGCAGUCGUGGCUGUCAAGAAAAUGCUGGUGCUGCUGGAACUGUUUAUGAUGCUGUUCCUCGCAGUCUUACUAUUAGCAAUCACAACAAAACCACCGUUACUGACACGCUUUUGUUAGAUUUUCCCCAACCUUUUCUGACAAAUGUUUACAUAAAGAAUCGGGCCAAGGCUUCUGUACCCUUGUUGUGGAGUCGUGUUCAGGUCCAAGGGCAAAUUAGCCUCCUGUCUGGCAGUAUUUUAAGCUUUGGAUUGGCACGCUUCUCUAUGUCAGAGUUUGAAUUGUUGGCAGAAGAACUGUUAAUGAGUGACUCUGUUAUUCAGGUUUUUGGGGCCCUUCGUAUGUCAGUUAAAAUGUUUCUAAUGUGGAACUCCAAGAUGCUAAUUGAUGGUGAAGGAGAUGAAAACGUUGAAACAUCAAUGCUUGAAGCAAGUAAUCUUAUUGUUCUUAAGGAGUCGUCUGUUAUUCACUCCAAUGCUAAUCUGGGAGUUCACGGGCAAGGCUUAUUGAAUUUGUCUGGACCAGGAGAUGUUAUUGAAGCACAACGGCUGGUUUUGUCUUUGUUUUACAGUAUACAUGUCGGCCCUGGAUCUAUGUUACGUGGCCCUUUAGAGAAUGCUUCAGCUGAAGCAGUGGCUCCGAAGUUGAACUGUGACACGCAGGAAUGUCCUGUCGAACUACUUCACCCACCUGAAGAUUGCAACGUGAACUCUUCACUAUCCUUUACUCUUCAGAUAUGCAGGGUCGAAGAUAUCCUUGUUGAAGGCCUUAUAAAAGGGUCUGUUGUUCAUUUUCAUAGAGCAAGAACUGUUUCUGUCCUUUCGUCUGGAACAAUUAGCUCAUCCGGAAUGGGUUGUACCGGGGGUGUGGGACAAGGGGAAGUUUCAGAUUUGGGGAUCGGUGGUGGCGGGGGGCACGGUGGUAAAGGUGGUAUUGGUUGCUACAACAAUAGCUGCAGUCAAGGGGGUAUUCCCUAUGGGGAUGCUGAUUUGCCUUGUGAGCUGGGUAGCGGAAGUGGGAACGAUAGCAUAGCUGGUGCAAUUGCUGGUGGUGGCAUUUUAGUCCUAGGCUCCUUGGAGCAUCCAUUGGUGAGUUUAUCUGUCAAAGGUUCAGUUGAAGCUGAUGGAGACAGUUCUGAGCGACGCUUUGCGAGUGAAGAUAAUGUUGUGGAUCCGGUCCUUAGUCUUGGAGGAGGAUCUGGUGGAACGAUCCUAGUGUUUCUACAUUAUCUGGAUCUUGGUGGGCCUGGUACUGUAUCAAGUGCUGGGGGUCAUGGUAGUACUGGUGGCGGCGGGGGUGGCGGUGGCGGUAGAAUUCACUUCCAUUGGUCGGACAUCCCCACUGGAGAUAUGUAUCAGCCUGUAGCAACCGUGAACGGUAGCAUUAUUACAAGUGGUGGUAUGGGCAGAGAGCAAGGUAGAGCUGGGGACAGCGGUUCUGUUACAGGGAAAGCCUGCCCUAAAGGUCUUUAUGGAACAUUUUGUGAGGAAUGUCCCGUUGGCACAUACAAAAAUGUCUCAGGAUCUAGUAAAGAGCUUUGUAAGCCGUGCCCAAGAAACGAGCUCCCUCGGCGUGCAACAUAUGUUUCUGUUCGAGGUGGCAUAACAGAGACACCUUGUCCCUAUGAGUGUCUUUCAGACCGAUAUCACAUGCCUCAUUGUUACACAGCUUUAGAAGAAUUAAUUUACACAUUUGGUGGGCCCUGGUUGUUUGGACUUCUCCUUUUAGGUCUCCUUAUUUUGUUAGCCUUGGUGCUGAGUGUUGCCCGUAUGAAAUUUGUCGGGGUUGAUGAGCUACCUGGGCCUGGGCCAACUCAACAGGGUUCGCAAAUAGAUAAUUCAUUUCCAUUCCUAGAGUCACUUAAUGAGGUGCUGGAAACUAACAGAGUGGAAGAGUCGCAAAGUCAUGUCCAUAGAAUGUAUUUUCUGGGUCCAAAUACAUUUAGUGAUCCCUGGCAUCUCCCUCACACUCCUCCGGAUCAAAUAAAAGAGAUAGUAUAUGAGGGUGCCUUCAACACCUUUGUGGAUGAGAUAAAUGCCAUUGCGUCAUACCAGUGGUGGGAAGGAUCAGUAUAUAGCCUCCUAUGUAUUUUUGCAUAUCCUCUUUCAUGGUCAUGGCAACAAUGGCGCAGGAGGAUUAAGUUGCAACGCCUUCGUGAAUACGUGCGAUCAGAAUAUGACCAUGCUUGUUUACGUUCGUGCCGUUCUCGUGCUCUGUAUGAAGGGAUAAAGGUAGCUGCUACAUCUGAUCUGAUGCUUGCCUAUCUAGACUUCUUCCUCGGUGGAGAUGAGAAAAGAAGUGAUCUGCCUCCUCGUCUACUCCAAAGGUUUCCAAUGUCGUUGCUAUUUGGAGGCGAUGGAAGUUACAUGGCACCCUUUUUGCUCCACAGUGAUAAUAUUAUCACGAGUCUUAUGAGUCAGGCUGUCCCACCUACCACAUGGUACCGUUUUGUAGCUGGUUUGAAUGCACAGUUACGUCUUGUACGGCGGGGUUGCCUAAGAUCAACAUUUCGCCCCCUCCUUAAGUGGCUGGAAACUUUUGCCAAUCCUGCUUUAAGGGUGUAUGGCAUACAUGUAGAUCUUGCUUGGUUCCAAACUACAGCUGGUGGUUUUCGUCAGUAUGGGCUUUUGGUAUAUGCUGUUGAAGAAGACAAUGGACUAUUGACUGUGCAAGGAUUUGAAAGAGCUCCUCAAACUGAGAGGCUUUUACGUGGCACUGCAAUUGAUGGAGAAGAUCCUUCCAGUUUUCCAGGACCAGAUUCAUUAUCUGGUGGAAACCGUAGGAGCAGUGAUAUCAGUUUGAGGAAGAAGAUCUUCAGCGGAACUUUGGAUCUUACUAGCUUAAAGAUGCUUGAAGAGAAAAGAGAGAUACUUUUUGCCCUUUCUUUUCUUAUGCAUAAUACUAAACCUGUUGGGCACCAGGAUCUUGUUGGACUGGUUAUAUCAAUGCUUCUUUUAGGGGAUUUUAGCUUAGUUUUGCUGACAAUGCUCCAGGUGUACUCAGUUUCACUGGUCGAUGUCUUCCUUUUCUUGUUUAUUCUGCCACUCGGGAUCUUACUUCCAUUUCCCGCUGGAAUCAACGCUCUGUUUAGUCAUGGACCAAGACACUCUGCUGGUCUUGCGCGUGUCUACGCUUUAUGGAAUGUCACGUCGCUGAUUAAUGUCGUAGUUGCAUUUAUUUGUGGCUAUGCGCAUUACAGCACCCAGUCGAGGAGAAGAAAUCCGUAUUUUCAGCCAUGGAACAUGGAUGAAAGUGAAUGGUGGAUUUUUCCGUUUGCAUUGGUCUUGUGUAAAUGUAUCCAGUCACAGCUUAUUAACUGGCAUGUUGCUAAUUUGGAGAUUCAAGAUCGCUCGUUGUACAGCACUGAUUAUGAAUUGUUUUGGCAAACUUGAAUAGAUAUCAGCGUAGACUAACAACGCCUUAUUUUUUUUGGGGCUCGUUUUUGAUAAACUUUGUUUUUCUGGAGCUUGGACCCGUUUGUAGAAAGUAGUAAAAUGAUUAACAUAGGUGUGGAUAAGCAAUGAAAGAAGGUGGGGGAAAAAAAAAUAGAAAAAGUUGGGUAGACCAUAGACAGUAGUGUUUGGAAACGGGAUAUGUAGCUGACCCGUAUGGGUAUGUGCAGCCAUAGUUCUUGCAGUGUAAUUGUAAAGUCCUGUAACUCCUGUAGCCUCUAUAUCUAUAUAUAUAUAUAUAUAUAUAUUCUUUACUUUUAUUUAUCAAAGCUGAUGUUUAGAGCUAAUGUUCCAUUGACUGAAACUUCAAACGGAAAAGUGUACAUCUUAGAACCUUAAUAUCGAACUGUAUUGAUUUAACUGGGUUUACUAGUUGGUUCAGGUUGAUUUAAAAGGGCUUACUUUCUUUUAUGUCCUUCAAAGAGCGUUGGUAAGAAUGCUCGGAGACUGGAUGAGACUGAAAUGCUCAAUCUCUGUGUGAUUAAGUGCUGAAAAGGGACUGUUUCGAACAGUCUACUUGGGCUGAACCGUUUAGAAACACAUAUCAACCAACAAUACUAGUGGAGGUAUUAUAUCGUCCCUCCCAAGUC